UCACGGCGGGCACGCACACCGGAAGUCCCGCUCCCUUCUUGGCGGAGGAAGCCGGUCUUGUUGACACUUCGACGGGCAACAAUGGCGACCGAAGUGAGGCAGGAGCUGGCACAGCUGAUGAAUUCAACAGGAUCUCACAAAGAUCUUGCCGCCAAGUAUCGACAGAUUUUGGACAAGGCCAUUCAGUUUACAGAUGCAGAUCAACUGGAAUCCUUGAAGGCCUUUGUUGAAGCAAUGGUCAAUGAAAAUGUCAGUCUCGUCAUCUCGAGACAGCUACUCACAGACUUCUGCACACAUCUGCCCAACCUGCCUGAUGCCACAGCGAAAGCCGUGUAUCACUUCACCCUGGAAAAGAUUCAGCCGCGGGUCAUCUCCUUUGAGGAACAGGUAGCCUCCAUCAGACAGCACUUAGCAACCAUUUAUGAAAAAGAGGGCGACUGGAGGAACGCUGCCCAGGUUUUAGUUGGAAUUCCCCUCGAAACAGGACAGAAGCAAUACAAUGUGGACUAUAAGUUGGAUACAUAUCUGAAAAUUGCCCGUCUCUACCUGGAGGACGAUGAUCCAGUGCAGGCAGAGGCGUACAUCAACAGAGCGUCAUUGCUUCAGAAUGAGUCGUCUAAUGAGCAGCUGCAGAUUCACUAUAAGGUGUGCUAUGCCAGAGUCCUCGACUUCAGGAGGAAGUUCAUUGAAGCUGCACAACGAUACAAUGAGCUGUCUUAUAAGUCAAUCGUCCAUGAGACUGAACGUCUGGAGGCACUGAAACAUGCCCUGAACUGCACCAUACUGGCUUCAGCAGGCCAGCAGCGAUCCCGUAUGCUGGCCACUCUGUUUAAGGAUGAGCGCUGUCAGCAGCUGGCCACCUACGGCAUUCUGGAGAAGAUGUACCUUGAUCGAAUUAUCAGAGGGAACCAGCUGCAGGAGUUUGCUGCCAUGCUGAUGCCCCACCAGAAAGCCACCACAGCAGACGGUUCCAGCAUCCUCGACAGAGCUGUGAUCGAACACAACCUGCUGUCUGCCAGUAAACUGUACAACAACAUCACGUUUGAAGAACUAGGAGCACUGUUGGAAAUCCCCCCAGCAAAGGCUGAGAAAAUUGCUUCACAGAUGAUCACAGAAGGACGCAUGAAUGGCUUCAUCGACCAGAUAGAUGGCAUAGUACACUUUGAGACACGGGAACCUCUUCCUACGUGGGACAAGCAGAUCCAGUCUCUGUGUUUCCAGGUCAACAACCUGUUAGAAAAGAUCCGUACGGCUGCUCCAGAAUGGGCUGCACAGGCGAUGGAAACCCAGAUGACCCAGUAAACAUCGGCACCACUCUCAGAAUUAAAAAAAACCCAAACUGCUCCCUCAGCCUCUCCACCUUUCAUCUUUCUGGUCAAAACGUCUGCACUUCAGUCCUGGUGAUGAAAAACAGCCGAGGAGAGCGUCUCUGUCAUCACCAUCACUUGUUUAUAUUUUCAAAGAACACUGAUUUACAUCUUUGCUGACUGGGAAAAAAGUUCAGUGUCUGGCAGGGAUGUGAUCACACGAGGUGUAAUGUAACUUUAAGGUGCGAUUCUCUCAGCAUGUUAAAAAAAUGUGGACACGAUUAUUCCGAUAGCUGACAUGUAACAGGGUGAAAAGGAAGUAAAAGAUCUGAACGCCUGGUGUGUUUAAGUUUUCAUGUUCAACACAUUCCUGUGUUUUAAUUUAACAUACUGAUGCACAAACAUCUGUCACGUGACUCCGGAUUUAUCCAUGUAAAACCCUCUCAGUCCACAUUUAAAGAAUAUCAGCAAAGAGAAUUAAAUUCAAAGCUAAGAGAAA